AUGAGUCUGUCCGGGAAGCAGCGGUUCUCCGCUAACUCUUUCUCCGGGUUCGGGAGCCGGAAGAUGGCCUUGUCCUCCUCCGGGGGGUCGUCAAUACGCUCCAGUUUCGGGGGCAGAAUGGGGAUAGGGGCCGGGGGCGGAGGCGCUAGUCUCGGCUUCGGGAACGGCUUUGGAGCCGGUGGAGGUAGUGGAGGAGGAGGGUUCAGGAUGUCAUCCUCCAGCCACAUGGCCGGUCUGGGGAGUGGGAUGAGCUCCGGUGGCGGCGGCAGUGGGAUGAGCUCCGGUGGCGGUGGUGGCGGCGAAGGAGGAGGUUUCGGAUUCGGUGGAGGUGUUGGGGACAAGUCCCUCGGGUUCGCCGGUAACGAGAAGCAGCACAUGCACAACCUGAACGACCGCCUGGCAACCUACAUGGAGAAGGUUCGCCAGCUGGAGGCCACCAACCACCAGCUGGAGGAGAAGCUGAAGACUUUCACCUUCAACAAGGUCGAGGCGCACGACCUGACCAUCUACAACGCAACACUCAAACCACUCAAGGAGCAGCUCAUGGGUUUCCUGAUACAGAACACUCAGAUUGCUGUGGAGAUAGACAAUGCCAAGCUGACUGCUGACGACUUCAGAGUCAAAUGGGAGAAUGAGAAGUCUUUGCGCCAGUGUGUGGAGGGGGACAUCGGGGGUCUGAGGAACCUGCAGCGGGAGUUUGAGAUGAACAUCACAGCCAUGAUGCAGGACCUGCAGGGGUACGAGAAGGAACGGCUCUCCAUGACGAAGAGCCAUGAAGAGGAGCUGUUGUCCAUGCGUGGGGGGAUGAGCGGCCAGGUGAAGGUGGAUGUCCAGGCUGCUAAGAGCCAGGACUUGUCUCUGAUGCUGGCUGAAGUCAGGUCGGAGUACGAGUCGGCCGUGGAGAAAAACCGCAGACAGGCCGAGGCCUGGUACACCAAACAGGUGGAGAUGAAGCAGGCAGAGUCAGCGGUGGUGACUGAGACGACCACUAGGACCACGUCAGAGAUGACAGAGUUACGGAACCGCUACCAGACCCUACAGAUGGAAUACCAGGGUCUACGUAUGGGGAUGGCAAACCUGGAAGCCAGGCUGGUGGAGGUUCAGUCCCAGUUCCAGCAGCGUCUGUCUGGGUAUAGCGGCAAGGUGAUGGGC